AUGGACACAGACUCUGUCCACUCUGGCCAAUCACACCACUCACGAGGCUCAAACAGGAACAGUGAUCGCAGUAGGGACCGGCACAAACCACGCAGUCAUGAUGGCAGCAAUCGCUCUGACAAGAACGUGACCAUCAGCAGCCUGUCAGCGCAAACUGGAGCCACAGAACAGACCCCCGCUAGCACAGAGCCUCAGGAUGAUAACUGGGCUGAAACCACCACGGCCGUGACGGGUACCUCAGACCACAGUCUUUCUCAGGAGGAGCUGGCGAGUUUUGGGAAAGAGGCAGUGGGUGGUGUGCAGAAGCAGAGCUUUGUGAGAUUGCUGCCUCUGGGUCUGACGCUGCUCCUGGGAUUGGUGGUUCUUCUAACGCCGCUGGCCUUUGUGGUGUUGCCACAGAUACUGUGGUCUGAACGAGUGCAGGCCUGCGGUACAGCAUGUGAGGGUCUGUUCCUUUCGCUGGCGUUUAAACUGCUGAUCCUGUUACUGGCAGGCUGGGCUCUGUUCCUGAGGACACCUCGAGCCAGCCUACCCCGACUGGCAAUUUACAGAGCUCUACUUGCUUUGCUCACUCUGCUGCUCCUGCUCUCCUACUGGCUCUUCUAUGGAGUCCGCAUCCUUGACACGCAGGAUGAGAAUUAUCAGGGUAUCGUCCAGUUUGCUGUGUCACUGGUGGACACUCUGCUUUUCACACACUACCUGGCCGUGGUGUUGUUGGAGGUGCGCCAACUUCAGCCGUGUUUCUGUCUGUGUGUCACAAGAUCGACUGAUGGAGAGACACGGCAUUACAAUCUAGGCCAACUCAGUAUUCAGAGAGCAGCUCUGGUGGUGCUGGAACAUUAUUAUAAGGAUUUCUCAGUGCAUAACGCGGCUCUGCUGACAGCAGCAAAAACCCGGACAGCCAAGCACCUGGCUGCUCUGAAGGUCUACGAUGUGGAUGGUCCUGGCAGUGAUGCUGCGGCGAGUCAGUCUCGUGCAAAGAUAGCUGCUGCUGCCCGGCAAAGGGAUGCCAGCCACAACGAGGUUUACUACGAGGAGGCCGACUACGAGAGAAGAGUGCGCAAACGCAAAGCUCGUCUGGUGGUGGCAGUAGAAGAGGCUUUCACACAUGUGCAGCGUUUGCAGGAAGAGGAAAAAAAGCAACCUCCAGGUGAUGUAAUGGAGGCACGUGAAGCAGCGCAGGCCAUCUUCCCCUCUAUGGCACGUGCCCUGCAAAAGUAUCUGCGUACUACACGCCAGCAGCACUGCCACAGCAUGGACAGCAUCCAAAACCAUCUCGCCUUCUGCAUCACCAACAACAUGAGUCCCAAGGCAUUUUUGGAGAGCUACUUGGCCGCCGGUCCCACCAUGCAGUACAACAGCGAGUGCUGGAAAGCUCUGCAGUGGACGCUGGUUAGUGAGGCUUCGGUUACCAGCCCGCUGCGCCAUGGCUAUGAGUUCCAGCUCAAAAACUGCCACUUCUGUCUAGUGGUCAGCAGCAAAGCCAUUCCACAGCUUAGAGUCAGCGAGGAGUACGUCCACCCGAAAUCACACAAAUUUGUGCUGACAGUGCAGUCAGAGACCUCCGUCUGACUCAGUAGGACUCGUCUGUUCCUUUUAUACACAGUGAACUUUUAAACAGUGUUUUUAUGAAUCGUGUUUCUCAUGUUGGACAUUUUUGAUAGACGGCGGUGUCAUUUUGUUUGUAUUUGAGGAAAAAAAAAGUAUUUAUGUACAGGGCAGAUAUUACUUGUCAUUACAAGAGUGAAAGUGUGUGUGUGUGUUGGUGUGUCUGUUGCACUGUGGUGAAGUUAAAAAACACUACUGUUUUAUAAUGGUGGGAUUAAGUGUACAGGAAGGGCCUGUUAAAUCGUGAACCUUUAUAAGUAAUGAUAUUUAACAUGCCUGCCAAUCAAACAGAUUCAUUUUUAGAAACCUUAAAAAGCUAAAAAUGGUUCGAAGAAACUUGACUAAAAUUAUGCCUAUGCCUAUCUUAUCUCUUGUAUACUCUUAAUAAUAACACAAGAUAAUACAUAUAUUACAUUGCAAAAUUGAGCUAAAUGCUGAAAUUGAUGCUGAAAUUAAGAAUGAAUACACCAAUAGACAUCAAUUUAUAACAAGGCUUCAUUUUAACUGAUAUUUACACUGCAUAUCAUUUUUAAGGUUUUCUGCUCUAGUGACACAAUAUUUAUGUGGAACUGGUUUGUUAAAGGCCUUUACAGCAUGUAAGCAUAUACCCAUAAUAAAGGUCUUGUUUUUAGUUAAAAAAACAAUUCCAACUUCCAAUACUUAGUGUAUGCACUAGUAUAUUGUGAUACAGUUGGUGGUGCACAAAACUGAAACACUGUUGGUACAUGGGAUACAGACUGUUAAAUUACUGGCAUUUUCUUAAACUCUGUAUGAGGUCUUUAUUCCCAACCACAUUUACGACAAAACUUAUAUUUCUGCAGACAUGGACCUCACUCACAAGAAAUGGAGGAGUGGAUUGUGCUUCUCUAUGUCAGACCUAUUACUACUUUGCAUUACAUAAACAACAGUAACAGUGCCACAUUUGCACAGAGGAACUGCUUAACACUUUCUUUAAGCAUCAAGUUGUUUGUAAUCAAGUCACUGUGGUAAAACUACGAUUUCUGUGGAAACUUAAACCCAAAAGCUGCCUAAACCUUUUUAUAAAAGUCGUUUCCCUAGGCCUUGCAUCAGAAAAACUACCUACCACACUCUUGCUUACAAGGACUCUUUUAUACUAAAACUAUCUUGUUUUGUGGUAAACACUGGUUUCAGAUUGUCGUUUGUUUCUUCUCUUUUUUCUAUGUAACCUUUAUGCAUACAUGUCAUUUUCCUUGUACAUAAAUG